GUUUUCACUAUCGAGCGAACAACUUGUCCGUACAUGUCCAACCCGCUGUACAUGCAUAUUCAUUGAGGACCAAUGACAGGCUUUGUUUUUCUGUUUUUGAACCAGAGUUUCCCCCCAAAAAAAUAAGUAGAUGGACUAAAAUGACACUAAUCUAAUCAGGCACCUGAUUCCGCUGCUGUGGACAUUUUGCAGCAGUUCAAAUAGAUGGAGGAAAGAGGCCUUGAAAAUCAUUUCAAGCCGUCUGAGAUGAAAUGUUUGGAGAUCAUCCCAACGCUGCCGAUGUGGAUAAUUGAAUAUGCCUGGGCUCACAGAAUGAUGGAUACACUGGAUGGUAAACAAAACAUUUUUUCAAUUUGUUCAAAUCCGUGUUCAUAAACAGAAUAUAUUUUAAAUAGUUAACACUAAUUCAAUUAUUAUAUUAUUAGACCUAUAUGGGCUAAUAUAGGACAUGCAAAACAUAAUGAAGUUCAAUUUAGUCAAUAAGAAGGUGAAAAUGGAAUUGAAACAUGGUAUUAAUAACCCCAAGCUGAUAAAUAGACACGAUAGAUGAAAUUCCUUUAAAAGUAAUAAACCUAUUUGUUAUAUCCCUGUUUCUGUGUUCUCUAGGUCUGGACCCCAGCAGAUGGCCAGAGGAUGACCUGCAAUCUCUCACCCUAGAUGAGCCAUGGAGGUUACGUGUGGCAGCUGCCCAGGCGUAUUCUAUAAUGAAGACAAGGGACAUCAAGAGCUUUGAGAGGGUGAUGGAGUUCCUGGAUGUUACCUAUACACUGCUGCCACGACUGGUGCCCCCUAUCAAACACAUGAAAAUCAUGUUUGGCCUUAAGACCAUGGUAUGUAGAGGUUUCACAUAAGGUAGAGAACAGUUGCAGGAAAGGGCUGGGGAAUAGCAAUAUGUGGAUGCAUAGAGAGGUUUCCAAGGCCAUGUAUGCCUACUAAUAAAUUGGGCUGAAUUGUUCAGGUACACCACUUAUUUUCACUAUGUUGUGGUUGUUGAUUUUAGUUUUGGUGGAACAAAAUGGCCAGCUGUGUUGAUUUGUAUUCUGGUACAGAUAAUUAUGUGGAUGCUUCGGGAAGACCAAGGUAUUGUCAACACCGUUGUGAAGACCAUUACGUUUUUUCCAAGUAGACUACCUCAGUACCAUGAAUGUGUAAGUAAAUGCAUUAUAACUCUGCUUUAUUUGGUUACUUUGAUCUUUGGACAACACUGUUGACUAAACUGAAUCAAUUGUGUAUCAGCAGCUCUGAUCGACCCAGUGAGUAUUGGGUUGCUGAGCUAAAUGUCCUCUUUCUUUGCUCCUCUUCAGAGCCGCCAAGAGAUGCACCUAAUGAGGAAGAACCACCAGGACUUUAAGGCUUUGGCGCAGACUCUUGCAAUGGACAUGUCCAUGCGCAAGGCUUAUAUCAAGGUUAGCUAAAUCCCCAUCGUCUGUUUUUCAUGCUCCCUUUCUAUUCCUCUCUUUGUCUACUUUAAAAAAACAACAUUUUAGGCAUUUUAGCAGAUGCUCUUAUCCAGAGUGACUUACAGUUAGUGAGUGCAUACAUUUGUUUAUAUAUUUUUUUCAUACUGGUCCCCCGUGGGAAUCGAACCCACAACCCUGGCGUUGCAAGCGCCAUGCUCUACCAACUGAGCUACACGGGACAUAUUCAGUGUUAAAUUCGUCAACAAAAAUAUUUGUCAAGCACUUAUUUUCAGUGGCAAUUGACGAGACGAUAACUGACUAAAUAGACCCAGAAAAACUAUAACAAAGCAAAUUAUUUUGUAUUUCUGUUGACUAAACCUAGACGAGACAAAAUUCUCUUUGACUAAAAUCUGACUACUAAGUGGACUGAACAAGAGUUUUUGGAGAGAUUGAGAGCUUUUCAGUUGUAAGCACAAUUUAAUAUUAGCAGCACAGAUUGCACAGUUCUGUUCAGCAGUGGGAAGGACCCGGCACACACAGCCUAGCCUAAAUUGGCUGGUAAACGGCAGGGGAGCAAGCGAUAAGUGUGGGCAGACAGGCUCUGCCUCCGAUUAUACACAUCGCACAGGCGACUCUUGCUUCCCCAUAGCUAACCAGUCACCACCAGCUUUUAAUUUUCUACCCUUUGCCUGGUUAAGACUCUCAAGCUGCUUGUACGAAAUUAAAAACAAUAGCAGCAUUGAGUUUAAUAGUAAAACAACAGUCUAGCUAUGUUUUUCUCCGUCUUGAGUAUAGAAACAUUUUUGAAUUUGUAGACUUGCUCAACCCUUGCACUUUCCCCACUGCAUUUCAAAACUAGGUUAUGUAGCCAAUGUACUAGCCAAGUCUCUGUCUUUUCCUCAGAGAAACAGCUUGAUUCUAGACAUUACCGUUCAAAAGAUAUGACCCAUAAUACCGGUGUUAUGUUUUUUUCUUUCUAUCGUACAUUGGUGCCGCAUUUUACAUUCAUAAAGCAUAUCGCGGACCGUUCUAAAACUAGGCUACUUGCAGACCGGACCGUUAAACAUUUGUUUAGGCUACACCUUGUUCAGUCAUGUUACCUCAUUGCCAUUGCCUUCGGAAAGUAUUCAGACCCCUUGACUUUUUCCACAUUUUGUUACAUUACAGCCUCAUUCUAAAAUGGAUUAAAUAAAACAAUUUCCUCAGCAAUCUACACACAAUACCCCAUAAUGACAAAGCAAAAACAGAUUUUGGGAAAUGUUUGCAAAUAUUUUCAAAACAUUUCAGACCCUUUGCUAUAAGACUCUAAAUUGAGCUCAGGUGCAUCCUGUUUUCAUUGAUCAUCCUUGAGAUGUUUCUACAACUUGAUUGGAGUCCACCUGUGGUAAAUUCAAUUGAUUGGACAUGAUUUGGAAAGGCACACACCUGUCUAUAUAAGGUCCCACAGUUGACAGUGCAUGCCAAGCAAAAACCAAGCCAUGAGGUCUAAGGAAUUGUCCGUAGAGCGCCGAGACAGGAUUGUGUCGAGGCACAGAUCUGGGGAAGGGUACCAAAACAUUUCUGCAACAUUGAAGGUCCCCAAGAACAUAGUGGCCUCCAUCAUUCUUAAUUGGAAGAAGUUUGGAAUUACCAAGACUCUUCCUAGAGCUGGCCGCCCGGCCAAACUGAGCAAUCGGGGGAGAAGGGCUUUUGUCAGGGUAGUGACCAAGAACCCAAUGGUCACUCUGACAGAGCUCUAGAGUUCCUCUGUGGAGAUGGGAGAACUUUCCAGAAGGACAGCCAUCUCUGCAGCACUCCAGAUGGAAGCCACUCCUCAGUAAAAGGCACAUAACAGCCCACUAGGAGUUUGCCAAAAGGCAUCUAAAGACUCUCAGACCAUGAGAAACAAGAUUCUCUGGUCUGAUGAAACCAAGAUUAAACUCUUUGGCCUGAAUGCCAAGCGUCACGUCUGGAGGAAACCUGGCACCAUCCCUACGGUGAAGCAUGGGGGUGUCAGAAUCAUGCUGUGGGGAUGUUUUUCAGCGGCAGGGACUGGGAGACUAGUCAGGAUCGAGGCAACGAUGAACGGAGCAAAGUACAGAGAGAUCCUUGAUGAAAACCUGCUCCAGAGCUCUCAGGACCUCAGACUGGGGCGAAGGUUGAUCUUCCAACAGGACAAUGACCCUAAGCACACAGCCAAGACAACGCAGGAGUGGCUUCGGGAAAAGUCUCUGAAUGUCUUUGAGUGUCCCAGCAGAGCCCGGACUUAAACCUGAUCGAACAUCUCUGGAGAAACCUGACAAUAGCUGUGCAGCAAUGCUCCCCAUCCAACCUGACAGAGCUUUAGAGAAAUGCUAAGAAGAAUGGGAGAAACUCCCCAAAUACAGGUGUGCCAAGCUUGUAGCGUCAUACCCAAGAAGACUUGAGGCUGUAAUCGCUGCCAAAGGUGCUUCAACAAUGUACUGAGUAAAGGGUCUGAAUACUUAUGUAAAUGUAAUAUUUCAACUUUUUAUUUAAAAAAAAAUUGCAAACAUUUUCUAAAAACCUGUUUUUGCUUUGUUAUAAUGGGGUAUUGUGUGUAGAUUGAUGAGGCAGAUAAAAACAAUUUAAUCAGUUUUAGAAUAAGGCUGUAACAUAACAAAAUGUGGAAAAAGUCAAGGGGUCUGAAUACUUUUCGUAGGCACUGUAGGUAGGGGUAAAGUGACCCUGGUAACAUUACCAGUAGCCUAUAUGCAAACAUUUGGUGACACAGAAAGAAAGGAAAAUGGAUAACAAACAAUUUAUUGACUAAAACCCUCUUGCCACUACACUAUCUGACUGGAUAAAUAAUACAUUAUUUUGAGUUAAUGUGGGCCCUGUGACUCAGACUUCCUGUGGAACCAGGACUCAAGCAUGGGGACUCGGACUUCAGCCAUAGGGACUCGUGACUCAACCAUCGAGCACAGGGGACUCGGGACUCGAUUUCGGACUUGAGGUUUAGUGACUCGACGACAUCACUGGGCGAAACAGUCAUUGGCUCCCGUUAUACUUCUGACAUCAAUGUGGCUGCGGCAUCUAUGGAAUGUUGAUACAAUUGGCAAUGAUGCGACCGAGUUACGGCGGUGCAACCCAUACUACUUUGCCAGUACUUUGCAGCACCAUCUGGUGAUUGUGCUACUCUCUCUUCUCUUCUCUUCUCUUCUCUUCUUCUUUCUCUCUCUCUCUGCGCUUGCGUGUCUGUUUGUUUUGUAUGUAAUGUACAAUAUCUAUGUAGGCUGAAUUAGGAAUUUACAUGGCCAGAUAAUUCUUCUACAGUAUAUGUUUGUCAUAUUUCUGCUGUUGGGAAGAUAAUAGGAUGUUAUGCAGAAACAUAUGUUGGUAAGACAUGGAAGUCAGUCAUUUAAGUUUACUAUAGGUUAAUGAGGCAAUACAAUGUGAUGUGACUAAAAUAAAAGGGCAUUUAGUUUACUAAAAUGACUCACUGUUUUUGUUAUUUUGACACUAAAUCCUUAUUCAAAUGACAAAAAUAUGACUUAAUUAUAUUAUAUAAAAUGACUAAGACUAGACUAAAUCUAAAAGGAGUGGCAGAAUUAACACUGGCAGGAUUACAUAGGUGUAAUUGACAUGUUUAUGCCUUGUGACCUUCAACUAUGUGAAGUGUGACCUUCAACUAUUCCUGGAUUCAGUGGUUUCUGAGGAAGAUGCACAAUGCUGAAUACAUAAUAGGCCAGUCUGAGAUGAUAGUGCCAUUAUAAAGGCUGGGUAGUGGUUAAUUUGCUGUCCAGUAGGGGAUGCUAUAUACCCAGCCUCUUGCUAUACUCAGCCUUUAGUUGAUUAUGAUGGAACUCCAAAGCAAUGGAGAUGGUUUGAUGGAGCAAUGCCUGUCUCCUCCUCUAGGGUUGAGGUGUUGUGUGUAGGGUGGAGUAUAUAGUAUAAGUAUUGAUCUGCAGGUUCUCUUUCAGGAUUUGAUGGAGGACCAAUAUGGAGAAUGCUAUGCCCAGAAACUGGAGGACAGGUUGCUGCAUUACCUUCAGGAACUGGAGUCGACACUGCAAAGUGAUACAUAUUUUGACCAGGUGUGUGUGUGUACAUACAAUAAUUAUUGAGAAUUCAAUCAAAUAGAGAAUGUAUGUUCUUAUGCUAUUACAUAACUGUCAAUGUCCUUGUUAUCCAUGUGAAUGUGCCUAUAGCUGUUGAAGCAGGAGUGUCCAAUGGCAUAUGAAGAGGAGUUACUAUUGCCGUUAAUUACCUGUGACUCCACCUCCCUUGCUGCGUCCUUGAAGAGGCUAUUCCACUCUGGUCAACAAACUCAGCAUAUUAAAUAUGACAUACAGAUGUAAACACAGUACAGUAUGUAAGACCACCAGGAACAUACAGUACUGUACAUAAAUACUUUGUCUUUCUAUUCCUUCAGCCGAGUCUUCUUCAAGAUGCCAUCCCAGCCAUAAGAUGGGUGUUGGACCAGCACAGGAGAGGGGAAUAGGCCGGGAGCUGGAGGAUUCUGGGACCUCGAAAGUUGCUCUAAGGUUGCCCAAGGAGAGAACACACAAAGACGGGCAGUCACAGCCUGACAGGACAAGUCUCUACGCAUCCCAGGGUAUCUGUCAAGAUAACCGAGAGGAGAGAUCCAACUCAUUGGAGUUGGGUCCACGACAUGCUUGUGCAGCUGAGCAAGGUUUAGAGCCACAGGCGCUUAUCGUGGAGCCGGGGGUGGAUCUGUCCAAAGACAGUCCACUCCUGCUGGAGGAGGAUGUCUCUGAUGGGAAGGAGGGGAAGGAGGGGAGCCGAGGCAGGACUGAGGAGGUGGAGGACAGGCAGAACAAUGAUGAGGUGCCUGAGGCCUCCCCCCUGCAGCUGUGCUCUAAACACCAGAAAUGGGUGAGGAGCAUUCUGCAGGAGUGCUCUGAGGAACUGCUGUGUGAAAAGACUGAUACCCCAGUGCACUGUCAGGGGUCCUCUUCCACCUCAUCACAGGACUUGACCCCAUCCCUCCUCACCCUUUGUCCACCCCAACAUCUAACUCUGGCCACACAGAACCCUUACCCUGCUCAACCAGUGGCUGUAUCCCAACCUAUGGCCCUCAAUGACAGAGCCCAUUCUGAACAGGCUGGAGAAACAGCAGAUAGCCCAGAGGCCAGUAGAACACAUAGGGUCAAGCUGAGACUGUCUAUGGAGAGUCAGGCUCUUCUUCUUAAGUCAAAGUUUCUACAGCCAUUUGUGCGGCUCCGAAAACUGACCCAGCAGGAGUGUAGCAUGGCUGCAGAGCUAAGAGGGACCAGGACCCCUGAAGAGGAAGACGGUGACGACGAUGAUGGUGAAGAGGAGGAUGAUGACGAACGUGUGGAAAAAACUCCAGUGUAUUCUUAUUAUGAUGUAAACACGCUCUAUUCUAGUUUUGAGUCAAGCUCUGAUGAAGAUCCAGAAACACAGGAUUCAGACCUUGACUAUGUUCCUUGA